UUAGCCGUCUUCAAGGUCUGGCCAAAUGAGCCCCGCACAGGCAAUAGCUCAGCCGGUCCAGCCACCGCUAUUUCGCCCCCAAAUCUCACAUUCCAGGAUUUUGGAGCUUUAGGAAUUAGGAUGGUUAUGAAAAUUUUGAUUGGUUGAAAGAUUGAAGAAAUACUUGUGAUUUUGGUGCAGUUAAAGGAAGAGUUUUAAUUGGCAGUGGUUACCAUGUAUCGCUCUGUGGCUGCUACUGCUACACAUGGUGGAUUACCGACAGAUAGUGGGGAUUCUGUCGUGACGCUGGACCAAGUUCCACGUUGGAGUGACACAGAGUACCGCUUUUCACGUGAGAAUGAGGAUCCUGCCUAUUCAAAUUCAUUUUUUAUGGACCCUUUGACUUCUUUGUCAGCCGGAGAGAAUAGUGGAAACAGUAUGGUUUCCAAGUUUCCCAUGGAUCACGAAAUCAACUCGAAGAUCUAUCUGUGGAGAGGAAACCCUUGGAAUCUGGAGGUGGAUGCUGUUGUUAACUCAACAAAUGAGAACCUGGAUGAAGCUCACAGCAGCCCUGGUUUGCAUGCUGCAGCUGGACCUGGUCUUGCAGAAGAAUGUGCAGCACUGGGUGGCUGUCGAACUGGGAUGGCAAAAGUUACUAAUGCAUAUGAUCUUCCGGCAAGGAGGGUUAUCCACACUGUGGGUCCCAAGUAUGCCGUAAAAUAUCAUACGGCUGCAGAAAAUGCUCUGAGUCACUGCUACAGAUCUUGCCUUGAACUUCUCAUUGAGAAUGGACUUCAAAGCAUUGCUAUGGGCUGUAUAUACACAGAGGCAAAACAUUAUCCUCGUGAACCUGCUGCUCAUGUUGCUAUAAGAACUGUGAGGCGGUUUCUUGAGAAACAAAAAGAUAAAAUAUCUGCUGUUGUUUUCUGUACUACCACUUCAGGUGAUACCGAGAUAUAUAAAAGGUUGCUUCCGCUUUAUUUUCCUCGAGAUGAACAUGAAGAAGAAGUUGCCAUAUCAAAGCUCCCUGCUGAUGUUGGGGAUGAAAAUGGUGAAACAGUUAUAGAUGAGCGAAAAAUCAGGAUAAAGCCGUUACCUAAUUUGAAAAAUACUGUUUCUAAACCUCUUCAAGCAUCAAUGGAUCUUCCUGUCAGUGACAUCGGAUUAACAAGAAGGAACUCGCAAUAUUGGACUGAAUAUCUAGAUCCUGCUUUCAUGUCCUUGAUUAAAGAUCCAGAUGAACGGCGCAAGGAACAAUGGGAAAAGACUGCUCAAGCCAAACGUGGAUGGAAUUGUGGUAAAAUGCUUGGAUUGGGUGACCUUGGGGGACCUGCAUUGUCAGCAGCUGAAGAAUACUCGCUUCACUCCCGAUAUCUUGCUAAAGCAAAUUCUCUUAACCUUUCUGAAAUUGCAGAAAUGAAAAUUGUUUAUCGAGGGGGGGUUGAUAGUGAGGGUCGCCCAGUGAUGGUGGUUGUGGGAGCACAUUUUUUGUUGCGAUGUCUUGAUCUGGAACGCUUUGUGCUCUCUGUGGUAAAGGAGUUUGAGCCCUUGAUACAGAGGCCUUAUACAAUUGUUUACUUUCAUUCUGCGGCUUCUUUACAGAUGCAACCAGAUCUUGGAUGGAUGAAGAGAUUACAGCAAAUACUUGGUCGAAAACACCAGCGUAACCUUCAUGCAAUAUAUGUUCUCCACCCGACAUUUGGACUGAAGGCUGCAAUUUUUGGUCUGCAGCUAUUGGUAGAUAAUAUGGCAUGGAAAAAGGUUGUGUACGUUGAUAGACUGUUGCAGCUAUUCAGAUAUGUUCCUCGCGAGCAGCUAACCAUUCCAGACUUCGUAUUCCAGCAUGAUUUGGAAGUGAAUGGAGGGAGGGGCCUAAUUGUGGAUCCCAGAACAAAAUAUGUAUACCAUCGACCAUAAUUAUUGCAUCUCAAAACUGGAAGGAGCGGUUGAGCGAGCAUUUGGGGGUUCAUUUCCUUCGGUUCGUUCUCUUUUAAUGUUCAAAGACAUUGGGGUCGUGUUGCUUUUACAAGUCAGAUUCUGCCCUUUCGUCCAUUCUCUCCCAUAUUCUAUUUAUUGUUUGUAGAGUUCCGUAGACUCAAAUAAUAUCGAGCAGUGUUGUGUAUUAUGUCUGCAUCUUGUAAUAAAGGUUUCCCCCGCAUGUAAUUUCUUGUGCCUGUGAUGAGUUAAGGCUAAUCAUACAUUAGAAUGGAUCAAGCAUUAUGGAGUUGUGUUUACUAUAAACUUUGAAUCAUUGCUGUUUCUGUG